UCGGUUUUUGUGUGUGCGUGUUUUUGUUGUUGGUUUUUUUUUUUGCUUAAUAAUUUGAGAGAACUGUUGGAUUUACAUAAACCUGUAGAUUUUGACCUGUCUGUUAUGAUAUAUAAACAUUGAUAUGUGGACAUAUUUUGAAAUUCUGUUUUGAGUCAUAAAUGAGGUGACUGUGUUACUGUGUGUUAUUUUUUUUCCUGAUAUAAAGUAAAGAUCAGUCAUAGUGGUGUUGUAUUUGAUAAACACACACAUUCUUUUAAAUACAGAUAAAUGAACAGUUGGUAAACAAACGGCUGAGUCAUCUAUUUAAUUAAAACAGGGACAAUUGAAGUUUUAUGUGUAUUUUAAUGGUAAAACUGCUGUAAAAACUGGUGUGUUGGAACAUUUUAUAUUGGACAUUUAUUUCGUGAUGACUGGUGUAACAGCACAGUAGAAGAAUGAUUUCAAGGUAACAGACAGUGUCCUGUCUACUCUUUUAAAAUCCUAGGACUCAACACUUGAUAUAUUUUAAACUGUGGCUACUUCUGGACCAGUCUACAAUAUGUCCGACCCAGAGGAGAUUACCAUUGUUGUUCACAGUGCCAAAGGCAUUAAAGGGAAGAAACCAGGCCGCCAUAAGUUCUCUGUUAUAUUUGGACUGGGUGGUACAAAGUUCCGGACUGGUAUUGUAAAAGACUCAGAGGGAAAUCCAGACUGGAAUGAAGAAACUAUUGUACAUGUGGCAAAUGUCUUGGAUCAGGUGUUCUUUAUUGUAACAGAGAAGGAUGAUAUUUUAGGACAAAUCAGUAUUCCAGUGACUUCUCUAAAAGCAUUAAAAGGUCAGGCCAAACGUAUGCCAUUACAGCCUCACAAGAAGUGCCCUAAUCCUCAGGGAGAACUUGUAUACCAGUGCUAUGUUUCUAAAUAUAGACCUCCAGGUGAACAUCUACCAAUUAUCAAAGGAAUAUCGCAAACUCCGCAAGAUGUUCAGCCCCGAUCAGCGUUUCAAAGAUUGCGGAAACGUAUGGCAUCUCCUGUCACGCAGCGUAGAAAUAAGAGGGAUGAUAAGAAAGAACCAAAGUCAGGAUCUUUAGCAAACUUUAAUAAGAAAUUUUCAAGAUCUAUACAAGAUCUAUUCUCAUUUAACAAAUUCAGUGCCAGUGAAUCUAUCAAUGUGGAUGACAAUGUAUCUAUAAGUAGUAAAUCUAGUACAAAGAAGGACAAAAAUAAAAGGAGAUUUAGUUUAAGUUUUCUCAGUGUGAGUAACGAUUUAGACAGAGCGGGAGAUGACCCAUCUAUCGAAAGUUGUACUCCAAAUUCCGGCCCUAUAGAUCAACCAACGAGAUUAACGAUUGAAGGGAGAAAUUUAGGCGUUGGAAAAUCGGACAUUUUAUCAUUAAAAAUAGCUGGUUGUGACUGUACUGACACUAUUGAGUUUGAAUCAUCAAGUAGGAUAUACUGUACGACUCAUUUCUGGAAAGUUUGUAAAGGUGCAGUGAUAAUUGACACAAUCUCAGGGGGGAUAGGAACUUUAAAGGAUGGAUUUUGUUUUUAUGAAGAACUUGAUGCAAAUGAAAAUUCAAGUACGAAUCCUUUUGAGAAUGACAAAGAUGAGGUUAAAGACCAGUUAGGUCCUGAUGAGCAGAUAGAUUUUUCUAUAGGAGGAAAAGAAAUCAAGUCUGGCUCGAACACAGUGCCUAGAAUAAGAAAUUCUGCAGUCAUAGAUACCAGUACACCGAAUCGUUCACCCAAUACUUCUACUCCCACUGUUCAAGGUCGCUAUCAGAAGAAACAUGCUAGAAAUGCUAGUGAGUCAAAACUUGUAGCUGCUGUAACAGCCAAUCAAACUCCUGUUGAACAUGUGUCAAAGGAACAACUUCAGGCAAAAAUAUUCCAACUGGAGAUAGAAAAUGCAGCAUUAAAGAAGGAUAAUGUAGAAAUGAAGUCCUACAUUGAUAAACUGGUAGCUAAGUGUAUGUUACACUGUCCCGAGGCACUUGCUCAGGAAGAUGAUGAGAAAACAAAAUUAUUUGUGCUAUGAUAUACCCGAUGAAGAAUACAUUGAUGAAUAUUUGUAUGGCAUGCAAUCUCAUGUGUUAUCUGUUUUACUUGAAAUCAUGUUGAAAAUAGUGACACCAGCAAAUCAUGUUGAGAAUAGUGACACCAGCAAAUCAUGUUGAAAAUAGUGACACCAGCAAAUCAUGUUGAGAAUAGUGACACUAGCAAAUUAUGUUAAGAAUUAUGACAUCAGCUAAUCAUGUUGAGAAUUAUGAUAUCAGCAAAUCAUGUUGAGAAUUAUGAUAUCAGCAAAUCAUGUUGAGAAUUAUGAUAUCAGCAAAUCAUGUUGAGAAUUAUGAUAUCAGCAAAUCAUGUUGAGAAUUAUGAUAUCAGCAAAUCAUGUUGAGAAUUAUGAAAUCAGCAAAUCAUGUUGAGAAUUAUGACAUCAAUAAAUUAUGUUGAUAAUGCUGACAUCAGCAAAUCAUGUUAGAAUAACAUCAUUAAGUCAUUUUUAGAAUAAUGACACCCACAAAUCAUGUUGAGAAUAAUAACACCAGUAAUCGUGUUGAGAAUAAUGACACCAUAAAAUUAUUAUGAGAAUAAUAAUGCAAACAAAUCAUGUGAGAAUAUGACACCAGUGAUCUUGUGGAUAAUAAUGACACCAUCAAAUCAUUAUGAGAAUAAUGGUACCAUCAAAUGAUGUUGCGAAUAAUGACAUUUGCAAAUCAUGUUGCGAAUAAUGACACCAGUAAUUGUGUUGAGAAUAAUGACAUUAACAAUCAUGUUGAUAUAAUUACACCAGCAAUUCAUGUCAAGAAUAAUGACACCAGUAAGUUAUUUUGCUAAUAAUGACAUGAACAAUCAUGUAUUUCAAUGAAGCUAAAAUGUCAUACUCGGAAAGGAAUAUUUAGAUGGCUCCAAAUCUGAGUAUAAAAAUACAAAUGUAUGUUUCUUUGGUGUUGAUGUCAUUUUUUCUUACCUGGAAAAUCUGUAUGAUUAAAAAACUUAGAUGUUUUAGGUUAACUUUUUUAAAAAAGGAUACAAUUUUAAGACACAUUAUUAAGUAUUGUUAUUUACAUUAUUUUUAAAAAAAAGGUUAUGCACCUUUUAGGCUGACUGUUGAUGCAAAAGACAGAGUUCUGAUAUUUUUGUUUUAAAAUACUGUCAGAGUGUGGACUGAUAAAAAGUUUAGAGAUGGGAAAUUGUGUUUAAUCAGAAAUGUGUUACUGAAUGAAUGUUUAUAAUUGAGUGCUAUAAGUUAACUUUUGUACAAUGUAUAAUUUAUUGUUUAGUCAAGUCUGGCAAGUAUUGGUAAAUGAAGUAUAUGCUAUUUCAUAGUGACAGGAAUCUCAUUGCAUUAUAAUAGUUAAUUGGCAGUUCAAAUGUAUAUAUUUUUUCUGUAAAAUUUACUCUCUUUGCUGCAAGAUCUGUAAUUGUAUAAUGAUGACUAGUUUAAUUUCCUUAGGAUAUUUUAAGAACUGUUGGAAUUUACCUUAAAAAAUAACAUACUUAUUUUUAUACUUAAGUGUAAUAGCAUUAAAUAUAAAAUUGAGCAUAUUUUUAUUUUACAUCCAUGUUUUGGUAAAAUGCUAGUGAGAUAAAUCUACAUGAAAAAAGAUCUGAGUUUUUUGUUUAUGUUUUUUUUUAAAAAUAUUUUAAUGAAAGAAAACAAAUGUGUUUCCAGUUACCUUAUAUUUUUAUGAUUUUUUUUUACUAAUAAUAUGGCUGUGUAUAAAUGAUUGCGUUUUAUAUAACCAUAAUCCUCAUCAAGCAUUGAAGGUUAUAUAAGAUUAAAACCAUUUCUACAUGGUCAUAUAACCAGAAAAAAACCUUCAAAAAUAAAAUUUCAAUAAUGAUUAAAAAAUUACAACAUCAGCAACUUCAGACCAUUAAUGUAUAUCUUUAAUAUGUAUGGAUUUUUUUUCUGUAAUUUAAAUUUUGUUGUUUUGUCAGAUAUGUUGCUUGUAUUAGUCUGGUUGCAUUUUGUUGUUUCUUCUUUAUAGAGAUGUAAAAAUUAUAGUGCUAACAGAAAUAUAUAGCCUCAUACAUUAAGUACACAUAUUAAUUUAUAAUAUAUUUUUGUUUAUUCUCUAUAUCUUGAAUGCAAUUUUAAAUUUUGUCUGUAUGUGAAAAUACUGAAUAAUUACAUUCAAAUACAUCCUGUUUGGCUCAGUCUGCUGUGCUUAAGAAUAGCAAACUUAACAUACAAGAAUAUGAGCCCAUGGUAUAACAAUGUUAUUUUGAUUAAAAAAUGUCAAAUCUCAUUUACUAGUAGGGUAUAAUUUCUAUGUGGAGAAUCUGGCGGUUACCUAUUGACAAUACUGAUACAGAGUACAGGAACCCUUGUUAGGUAUAUUCCUACAGGUAAUAUCUACAGGUAGUAUAUGUGAAAUGCCGUUAAAUUGACACUAAACUACAACAUAACUAAAUAAGAAAGAAACAAUAUUAUAUUAAAUGAAUUUUCAAAAACAUUGGUUCAUAAACUUUUUCAAAGGAAGUACUUUGUAUUUGAAUUUUUUUUUUGUUGAAUUAGUUGUUUUCAAUAUUGUGUUACAUUUUUUUUAAAUUAUGUCUUUGAAAUGGCAGGUAUCAAACCUAUGCAUGAUUGUUACCUUUGAAUUUUUUGCAAAUUUUGUGCCAAUAAAUAGUUGUUGUUGUUCUUUAAUUAUUUGAAGGGUACCGGUAGACAUCUUAAAGGUUGUGCUGAGAUAAAUAUUACCCUGUGUUUAAAAAUUAUACAAAUACUAGUAUAUUUAUACGAAUGUGUUUGUAUGGAAAUAAGGAAGAUUGAAAGAAUUUUUUACAUUCUAUGUAUGAAAUGAUAAUGUGUUCAUGAAAAGUUUAAUGAAAAUAAUCAGACCAUUUCACAUUGUGAUACUGGUAUUCAUGCCAGUUUACUCUUAAAUUGUUCAAUCUUUAUCAAAUAAUGCCAUCUUGUAUAUAUUUCAUAACAGGGUCUCUGCUAACAGGUUUCUUAUUUGAACAUGACAUAUUCAUCUUCUAUACUGAUAAAACAAGGUCUAUUUUUUCCCCUAUGUUAUUUCAUUCUUAAUAUACUCGUACAUUGUAUCUUAUUGGUUACUUUUAUACUUAAGUAUAUGAUCGUUACUAUCUGGUAACUAUGAUCGUUACUAUCUGGUAAUAUUUAGAGCUGUGUUUUGAUAACUACUGUUACUUAUGUUAGACAUGAAAUAAUUAAUGCAGGGUUUCUUGGGUUUCUUUUCAAUAAUUUGUCUGUGACUGACUGAUGUUUAUCAAUCCAUGUCGGAAUAAUCCCAGUCAUGAAGAUGUAGACAUGUCCUGAUGCAAAUUAUUUAUUUGAAAUGAUAAUUUAAAUGAUAUUUUAAUAUAUUCAAAUGAUAAUUUGUUUCAGCUUGAUGGUUCAUUGGUUAGGGGUAUACUGAUAAAUUGUUCGACCACAGCUCUCUAAUGCAACCAAUACACAAUAGUAAUAUGACAUUUUCUGACUAACAUAGUGAAUUUCAAUCUAUCCUCAUAAUUAUAUAAUCUUUGUCAUAUAUGUUUAAAUCAUGUUAUAGGCUGGAACAAGAAUUUGAUUCUGUCAAACUAAUUUAUUUGAUAAAUUGUUUUGUACUUAUUUUACGUGCUGCUAAAGUUGAUAAUUUUAUUUUUAUCAUCGCUGUGUAAUAGAUCUGUUCACAUUUUUUUUUCUCUCUUUAUUUUAUUGUUGUACAUGUAAAGCAUGAACUGUUAUUUUUUUAUUUUGAAUAUCUUAUUUUGAUAAAAAUUCAUAUCAUAGAAUACAGUGGUUGUGAACUCUGCUCAAAUUCUUCUUUCUGACAGCUGUUAUCCUGACAUCAUAGUGUGCCCAUUUUUUGUUUGAAAUGAUUAAUUUGUUCCCUGUUACACAUAUUAUGCACAAUAUAAUUGAAAGGUUCCUUUGCCAAGAACCAUGUUAACUUUCAAGUUAAAUGUCAAGAGCUAUCAAUAAUCAAUGUUAGUAAGAACUGUUUAAAAUAUAUGAGCCGCAUCACAACAAAACUAACAUAGUGCGUUUGCGACCAGCAUGGAUCCAAGCUGUUCGCUAUCAGUUUCUCUACUUGUAAUAGAGAUGGUAAGCGAACAGCAUGGAUCCUGAUCAGACUGCGCGGAUGCUGGUUGCAAACGCACUAUGUUGGUUUUGUUGUGACGCGGCUCAUAUUGUUUUUAACUCGUUAUUUUACUCAAUAUGCAUAUGUUCUUAUGCUGAAAGACUACUUUGUAGUUUCCGAUUUUAAAUGUUGCUAUCGACAAUUGAUACAAAUUUUAACUGAUAAAUGUGUUGCAGUGUAAAGUUAACUAAAAUGUCUAAUGAUAAUUGUGUAUAGGUAAGAAAAAAAAGUUAAAAAAUUAUCUGCUAUUUUGUUCUAUAAAAUUGUGUUUUUUCUUUCUUUCAAAUUUGACUGUUUUCAGAUUUGUCCUUUUGCACAAGAAUAUAUUUAUGGUUUUAUUUUGUUAUUUAGAGCUAGAAGUUGAAUGUUUUUCUGUAUAAAUUGGUUAUUUAUUUAUCACAUGAUUUGAAAAGCAAAUGCUUUGAUUUGUGUUUGUUUUUAAUAUAGAAGUAAUAUGUUUAUCAUUCAAGAGAAUCUGUUUAUAUUGAACUUAUCAAGGUAAAAUGUGACAACGAACUGGUAAAAACUCAGUUACAAAGUUAAGGGGGAGAACUUGCAUGAUAUGAAAUUAAGUUGUAAGGGGGGUUGGGAGAGGAAAGAGGACCACUAGAUUGUUGAAACUAACUCAGUUGGAUAAUAAAGGGGGACAAAGUUUAAUCGAGGUAAAGUCUAAGUUGAUACUUAGCUGUUUAUUACUAUGAAAUAUAUAGACAGUCUGUCUAAACAUAAUGAACUGUCAAUGUUAGUAAUUUGCAAAAAUACUAAGGCUUUCAAUUAAAAGAUAAAAAAGCACAUCUGUUAUUUUAUUUUUUUUUGCAAAGUCAGAAUUAUUAUGAGUCUUAUCUGUUUUUAUUGAAUAGCUUGUUUAAAAGUAUGCCAGUAACUCAAAAUAACAAAAACAUAUGUAGAGAAAUGGUAAAACUGAUGUCCUCACCAAAUCUUGCUUUGAGUUUCAAGACCCAUAACUUGGUUUUACCUGCCCUUUUAUUAUAUAACAAGUGUUUAAUAUCCGUAAGGUGUGAUUUUCUUGGGCUGGUACCCAAAAGGUUUUAAUUAAUUUCAUUAACUUUUCAUCUUCGCAUAGUUUGGAUUUUAUAAAAUUAUCAUUGACAAGAUACAUUCACUGAUCAUACAAGAAACUUUUAUUUAAGUCGGUUUACAUAUUACAAGAAACAUUAGCUAAUAAGCUAUUUACCGAAUUAGAUUGUUUUGACAUAAAUUUAACCUGUCAAUUAAAUCCUAUAGCAAGUACACCCCACCCACCAAUUUUGUUUUUCUCAAUAAUGUAAGUUUAUAUUUUCUUUGUUGAUUUUAAAGAAAGAAUAGAAAACAGUGACUGGUUUGGGUAAAAAGGGUAUGUAUGUGUUUGGCAGUCUAUUUUAUCAGCAUCAGUGACUUUACAUGCUGAUGUUAAACAUGAUGUGUAUUCUGCAAUUAUAUUAUUAUAUUUAUGGAUCUAAUAAAUAUAUUGUAAUAAAUUUUA